AUGAAAUUUCAUUUACCGAUACAAUGCAUCAGAGUGCACUAUAUAUACUAGCUGGGUGCGUCUUCCCUUGAUCAUCAUCUCCAUCACAACAUCGAUCAUCUCAGAUCUCACCUAUAUACACUAGCUCACUCACUCACCGCUAGUUAAGCCAGCUCGACCGACAUAUGGCGCAAGGAGGAGGAGAGGCAGGGACAAUUCCUCUGCUGACGCCGUACAAGCUUGGCCCCCACCUCGACCUGUCCCACCGGAUCGUGCUGGCGCCGCUCACUCGGCAGCGCUCCCCGGGGAACGUCCCGCAGCCGCACGCCGCCGUGUACUACGCGCAGCGCGCCACCGCCGGUGGGCUGCUGAUCACGGAGGCCACGGGGGUGUCCGACACGGCGCAGGGCCACCGGCCCACCCCGGGAGUCUGGACGACGGAGCAGGUGGAGGCCUGGAAGCCCAUCGUGAACGCCGUCCACCAGAAAGGCGCCGUGUUCUUCUGCCAGCUCUGGCACGUCGGGCGCGUCGUGGGUGCCCUGCGGCCGGACGGGACGACCGCGGCGGCGCCGCCGCCGGUCUCCAGCACCGACAGGUGGAUCGCCACCCCGCGGAUGAACGACGGCGUCGAGGAGGAGUUCGCGGCGCCGCGGAGGCUCAGCGUGGAGGAGAUACCCGGGAUCGUCGACGACUUCCGAAGAGCCGCCCGGAACGCCAUCGACGCCGGGUUCGACCUUCGACGGCGUGGAGAUCCACGGCGCGCACGGGUACCUCGUGGAGCAAUUCCUCAAGGACAGCGCCAACGACCGCAACGACGACUACGGCGGCACCCUCGAGAACCGGUGCCGCUUCGCGCUCGAGGUCGUGGCGGCCGUCGCCAAAGAGAUCGGCGGCCACCGUGUCGGCGUCCGCCUCUCCCCAUUCGCCGACUACAUGGACUGCCACGACUCCAACCCGCACGCCCUCGCGCUCCAUAUGUCCACCAAGCUCAACGACCACAGCAUCAUAUACCUCCACAUGGUGGAGCCGAGGAUGGCGCGCACGGACGGCCGGCGAGUGGUACCGAAGCGACUGCGACCGUACCGGGAGGUGUUCGAGGGGACCUUCAUUGCCGCCGGUGGUUACGACAGGGAGGAGGGGAACAAGGUGAUCGGCGAGGGGUACGCCGACGUGGUUGCUUUCGGGAGGUUGUUCCUAGCGAAUCCGGACCUUCCAAAGAGGUUCGAGCUUGCCGCGGAGCUCAAUGGGUACGACAGAGCCACCUUCUACACUCCCGACCCCGUCAUCGGCUACACUGACUACCCGUUCCUCGCAUGACCAUCCAUCGUUCGGGCUAAUUUGUGUUUACUUUUGUACCGCUGGUAUCAGCAACUUUUAAAACUACUUGUGACUAGUUCUAGGAUUUCACCCUCAGCGGCCAGCGGUUAGGUUACUAUUCACCAGGAGAUUUGACCAUAGUCUCUGGUGGGGUUUUUUUUAAAUAACCAUAUAGUAUUUCAUUAGACAAUUCUUUUACAGAGUUUUUUUUGCAUAUGUAUUAAGACACUCGGCCUGAAUUCGAAAUUGUCCAGAGUUUUA